AAAUGUAAUGUCACCAAAAAGAGGGAAGUUGUAAGUAUUACUCACUGUAUUUCAAAGCUUGGGUGAAUUUGACAAAGGCUUAAUUGCUUUAUUGUAAUUAUCAGUAAUUAACUAAUCAUGCCACGUCAGAAAUUACCAAUUGCUCUAUAAGUCAUAAUCAUAGAGUUGCUAAGUCCAGAUUAUCUAGGGAAUGUCGACAAAUAGGUUUCGCACAGAGGUGCCAAGUUCAGAUUAUUUAGGGAGCGUAAACAAAUAGGUUUUACACCAUUGAACUUGUUAACAAGCUUGCUACAAACCUAUUGCAAACACACCUUGUUGACAACAAUGUCACAACUUGUUAACAAGCUUAAUUGUUACAAGCCUGUUGAGGAGUCAUCUUGUUGACAAGUUGUUGGAACAGCAUUGUCACAACUUGUUAACAAGCUUGAUACAAGCCUGUUGGGGAGACAUACUUUUGAGAAAAGUCUUGUUGACAAGUUGUUGGAACAGCAUUGUCACAACUUGUUAACAAGCUUGUUGUUGACAAGUUGUUGGAACAGCAUUGUCACAACUUGUUAACAAGCUUGCUACAAGCCUGUUGCAAAAAGUCUUGUUGACAAGUUGUUGGAACAGCAUUGUCACAACUUGUUAACAAGCUUGCUACAUGCCUGUUGAGGAGACAUCUUGUUGGCAAAUUGUUGGAACAUCAUUGUCACAACUUGUUAACAAGCUUGCUACAAACCUGUUGCGAAAAGUCUUGUUGACAAGUUGUUGGAACAGCAUUGUCACAACUUGUUAACAAGCUUCCUACAAACAUAUUACAAACACGUCUUGGUGACAAGUUCUUGGAACAGCAUUGUCACAACUUGUUAACAAGCUUGCUACAAGCCUGUUGCGGAGUCAUGUCGUUGACAAAUUGUUGGAACAGUAUUUUCUCAACUUGUUAACAAGCUUGCUACGAGCCUGUUGAGGAGACAUCUUUUUGACAAGUUGUUGGAACAGCAUUGUCACAACUUGUUAACAAGCUUGGUACAAACCUGUUGUGAAAAGUCUUGUUGACAAGUUGUUGGAACAGCAUUGUCACAACUUGUUAACAAGCUUGCUACAAGCCUAUUGCAAACACAUCUUGUCCAGAAGUUAUUGGAACAGCAUUGUCACAACUUGUUAAAAAGCUUGCUACGAGUCUGUUGAGGAGACAUCUUGUUAACAAGCUUGCUACAUACAAACCUAUUGCAAAUACAUCUUGUUGACAAGUUGUUGGAACAACAAUGUCAAAACUUGUUAACAAGAUUCCUACAUGUAAAGCUGUUGAGAACAAAUCUUGUUGACAAGUUGUUGGAACAGCAUUGUCACAACUUGUUAACAAGCUUGAUACAAGCCUGUUGAGGAGACAUACAUUGUUGACAAUUUGUUGGAACAGCAUUAUCACAACUUGUCAACAAGCUUGCUACAAACCUGUUUGCGAAAAGUCUUGUUGACAAGUUGUUGGAGCAGCAUAUUGUCACAACUUGUUAACAAGAUUGCUACAAGUCUGUUGAGGAGACAUCUUGUUAACAAUCUUGCUAUAUACAAACCUAUUGCAAACACAUCUUGUUGACAAGUUGUUGGAACAACAAUGUCAAAACUUAUUAACAAGAUUCCUACAUGUAAACCUGUUGAGAACAAAUCUUGUUGACAAGGCGUAAAAAAAAAAUAUCUGUUGUUCCGGUUCCCGACCGACCCUACUUUUUUCUGCCGACCCUAUUAUUUUUUCAACGCGAUUAACAGUGCGACCCUAUUUUCUCCGGGUGGUUGCGGGCUGCUGCCAAAAUGGCGUCUGUUUUCACACUAAUUAUUGAAAAAACCAUGAAAAAAAAUAUUUAAAAAAAAAAUUCCGACCUACCGACCCUAAUUUUUUCGCGACAUGAAACCGGAACCACAGGUUUUUUUUUUUACGCCCAAGUUGUUGGAACAGUAUUGUCACAACUUGUUAACAAGCUUGAUACAAGCCUGUUGGGGAGACAUACAUUGUUGACAAUUUGUUGGAACAGCAUUGUUACAACUUGUCAACAAGCUUGUUACAAACCUGUUGCGAAAAGUUGCUACAAGCCUGUUGAGGAGUCAUAUUGUUGACAGGUUGUUGGAACAGCAUUUUCUUAACUUGUUAACAAGAUUGCUACAAGUCUGUUUCGGAGUCAUCUUGUUGACAAGUUGUUGGAACAGCAUUUUCUCACUUGUUAACAAGCUUGCUACAAGCCUGUUGAGAAGUCAUCUUGUUGACAGGUUGUUGGAACAGCAUUUUCUCACUUGUUAACAAGCUUGCUACAAGCCUGUUGAGAGGAGUCAUAUUGUUGACAGGUUGUUGGAACAGCAUUGUCACAACUUAUUAACAAGCUUGCUACAAGCCUGUUGAAGUCUGUUUCGGAGUCAUCUUGUUGACAAGUUGUUGGAACAGCAUUUUCUCACUUGUUAACAAGCUUGCUACAAGCCUGUUGAGGAGACAUCUUGUUGACAAGUUGUUGGAACAGCAUUUUCUGAACUUAUUAACAAGAUUGCUACAAGUCUGUUUCGGAGUCAUCUUGUUGACAGGUUGUUGGAACAGCAUUUUCUCACUUGUUAACAAGCUUGCUACAAGCCUGUUGAGGAGUCAUAUUGUUGACAGGUUGUUGGAACAGCAUUUUCUUAACUUGUUAACAAGAUUGCUACAAGUCUGUUUCGGAGUCAUCUUGUUGACAAGUUGUUGGAACAGCAUUUUCUCAACUUGUUAACAAGCUUGCUACAAGCCUGUUGAGGAGACAUCUUGUUGACAAGUUGUUGGAACAGCAUUUUCUGAACUUGUUAACAAGAUUGCUACAAGUCUGUUUCGGAGUCAUCUUGUUGACAAGUUGUUGGAACAGCAUUUUCUCAACUUAUUAACAAGCUUGCUGCAGGCCUGUUGAAGAGUCAUCUUGUUGACAAGUUGUUGGAACAGCAUUUUCUGAACUUGUUAACAAGCUUGCUACAAGCCUGUUGAGGAGACAUCUUGUUGGCAAGUUGUUGGAUCAGCAUUGUCACAACUUGUCAGCAAGCUUGCUGCAAGCCUGUUGCAAAACGUGUUGUUGACAAGUUGUUGGAACAGCAUUGUCACAACUUGUUAACAAGCUUGAUACAAGCCUGUUAGGCAUACAUUGUUGACAAGUUGUUGGAACAGCAUUGUCACAACUUGUUAACAAGCUUGCUACAAACCUGUUGAGGAGACAUCUUGUUGACAAGUUGUUGGAACAGCAUUGUCACAACUUGUUAACAAGCUUGCUACAAGCCUGUUGAGGAGACAUCUUGUUGGCACGUUGUUGUAACAGCAUUGUCACAACUUGUCAGCAAGCUUGCUACAAGCCUGUUGCGAAAAGUCUUGUUGACAUGUUGUUGGAGCAGCAUUGUCACAACUUGUUAACAAGAUUGCUACAAGUCUGUUGAGGAGUCAUUUGUUGACACGUUGUUGGAACAGCAUUUUUUCAACUUGUUAACAAGCUGCUACAAGCCUGUUGAGGAGUCACCUUGUUGACAAGUUGUCGGAACAGCAUUCUCUCAACUUAUUAACAAGCUUGCUACAAGCCUGUUGAGGAGUCAUCUUGUUGACAAGUUGGAACAGCAUUUUCUCAACUUAUUAAUUUCUCAACUUAUUAACAAGCUUGCUACAAGCCUGUUGAGAAGUCAUCUUGUUGACAAGUUGUUGGAACAGCAUUUUCUGAACUUGUUAACAAGCUUGCUACAAGCCUGUUGAGGAGUCAUCUUGUUGACAAGUUGUUGGAACAGCAUUUUCUCAACUUAUUAACAAGCUUGCUACAAGCCUGUUGAGAAGUCAUCUUGUUGACAAGUUGUUGGAACAGCAUUUUCUGAACUUGUUAACAAGCUUGCUACAAGCCUGUUGAGGAGACAUCUUGUUGACAAGUUGGAUCAGCAUUGUCACAACUUGUCAGCAAGCUUGCUACAAGCCUGUUGCAAAACGUCUUGUUGACAAGUUGUUGGAGCAGCAUUGUCACAACUUGUCAACAAGAUUGCUACAAGUCUGUUUCGGAGUCAUCUUGUUGACAAGUUGUUGGAACAGCAUUUUCUCAACUUGUUAACAGGCUUGCUACAAGCCUGUUGAGGAGUCAUCUUGUUGACAAGUUGUUGGAACAGCAUUUUCUGAACUUGUUAACAGGCUUGCUACAAGCCUGUUAAGGAGUCAUCUUGUUGACAAGUUGUUGGAACAGCAUUUUCUCAACUUGUUAACAGGCUUGCUACAAGCCUGUUGAGGAGUCAUCUUGUUGACAAGUUGUUGGAACAGCAUUUUCUGAACUUGUUAACAGGCUUGCUACAAGCCUGUUAAGGAGUCAUCUUGUUGACAAGUUGUUGGAACAGCAUUUUCUCAACUUGUUAACAGGCUUGCUACAAGCCUGUUGAGGAGUCAUCUUGUUGACAAGUUGUUGGAACAGCAUUUUCUGAACUUGUUAACAGGCUUGCUACAAGCCUGUUAAGGAGUCAUCUUGUUGACAAGUUGUUGGAACAGCAUUUUCUCAACUUGUUAACAGGCUUGCUACAAGCCUGUUGAGGAGUCAUCUUGUUGACAAGUUGUUGGAACAGCAUUUUCUGAACUUGUUAACAGGCUUGCUACAAGCCUGUUAAGGAGUCAUCUUGUUGACAAGUUGUUGGAACAGCAUUUUCUCAACUUGUUAACAGGCUUGCUAGAAGCCUGUUGAGGAGUCAUCUUGUUGACAAGUUGUUGGAACAGCAUUUUCUGAACUUGUUAACAAGCUUGCUACAAGCCUGUUGAGGAGUCAUCUUGUUGACAAGUUGUUGGAACAGCAUUUUCUGAACUUGUUAACAGGCUUGCUACAAGCCUGUUGAGGAGUCAUCUUGUUGACAAGUUGUUGGAACAGCAUUUUCUCAACUUGUUAACAUGCUUGCUACAAGCCUGUUGAGGAGACAUCUUGUUGACAAGUUGUUGGAUCAGUAUUGUCGCAACUAAUUAUAGUCUGAUGGGUUAACCAGACAAAUGGACAGAUGGUCUGAUUAACCCAAUGAAUGCGAGUGCUCUGCCCUUGUCGAGUAAAAUCGUCUGUACUUAAAUAAUAAAGUUAUAUAAAGGCACAUUGGAGCACAAGGCAACUUAACGGGUUAAGAUAGUAACCUUACAGUACAUGUAUAUGUUACAGGAUUAUUAUGUUGCAAACAUCAACAGUGGAAUACAACACAUUAAAUCUUCAUGUGAAAAGGUUAGAGAACGAUGUUGUUCACGAUUACCUGAAUGUACUACAUGUGUAAAAAUCUCACAUCUUGUGGCAAGUCUGCCAACAAGCUGUCAACAAGUUGUGUUCGCACUGCUUGUCCCAAGUUGUCAACAAGUUUAGAACAAGCUGUUAACAAUUUGUAACAACCUUGUUGAUAGUAUCAGGCUUGAUACAAGGUUGUUCGAACAAGUCCGAUACAGUCAUGAUAUAACAAUAUUAUUGCAACCUUGUGUCGUCAACCUUGUAACAUUCUUGUUCAUCAUGACUGUAUCAGACUUGUUGGAACAACCUUGUAACAAGUUUGAAAAUGCCAUCAACCUUGUUACAAGUUGUUAACAGCUUGUUCCAAACUUGUUACAACAACUGGGAACAAGCGGUGCGAAGACAACUUGUUGACAGCUUAUGUACAGACUUGUAAGAACUUGGUUGCAGACUUGUAAGAACUUGUGCGUUUUUAUGUGUGUAGUAGAAGAUCUGUAUCUGGUGUGAAGCCAGACUGGAAUUGGUGCUCAUCAUCUACCACAUUUCUGCCAAACAAUUGAAUCAAGAAUGAUGUUGAGCUAUUUCGGUAUUGCACGAAUCUGUGGCGGAACAUGUACCAAUUCCAGUCGUGGUGUGGGGUAACAUAUUGGAUUGUCUUGUCCAAUUUUAUAAGUUUAAAUUGCUUAUUUCAGCAGUUCUAUUUCUUCUUAAUAAAUAGCUACCAUUAAGAAAGAUUCCAAAAGCUGAUAUACAGAGGUGUAUUGAGAAGAUUAAUUCAUACUUUGAAGGUAAUUAAUGGUUAAUGAUAAUUCAUUUGUUGUUAAAUAUAAACUGUAGUCCAACAUACUGAUAAAUCUUGGUUUAUUUUAAUUACCGGUUAUUUUCUGCAAUGGUUUCUUUUGAUGUCUUGAGUUUGGCAAAAAUCUGGUUUAAGAUUUAGUGACUUUCAAGAGUAGAAAAAAUAUACUGGAAACGUCAAGAUUAUCACUAUUUUUUGGAUAUCGAUAUUCGCUUUUUUAAUACUGUAACAGCCUAAAUCAUUGGGUACAGUACAUUGCAGGCAUUAAAUUAUAUAUACAGCACUAGUAGUAAUGCCAAUAGCAAUGCAGUUACACAUAUGUUUUGCAUAUUUAUACGGUAGCUUUAAAUAUUUAUACCGUACCGUACUGUAUCUAUAGGAAAUCCAGUUGAUGCCAAGACGUCAGUUUUAACAGAGACUUGCCUUGAAAAUGAAAUCAACAACAUGACUUGCAAUCUUGCUUUAAGAAAACAUUUGCACCAACAGGUAAGUUUCUCCUGUAUUUCCCCCAAGACAGUUUUGGUGCAUUAUUAACCCACUGAGCUGCAAUGCGCCCCACUUGUCUAACGCCAGACGAUUUUACUCGUCAAUGGGGAAGCUCUGCAGCUUAAUGGGUUAACAAAAAAAUCUGAAAUGUCUCUAGUUAACCCAUUGAGCUGCAAUGUGCCCCAGUGCGCCCUACUUAUUUUUUUACAUGUGAUUUGUCUAAAGCCAGACGAUUUUGCUCAUCAUUGAAGCAGCUCUGCAGCUUAUGUUAGCCUGUCGAUUUUGAACAUUUAACGUCUUAUAAAGACUUGUAUUUUCGAUUCUGUUUCAGUCAUCGUUAAUUGGAAAUUUAAGAAAAGCCGAACUCUUAACUUCAAAUGCUAUUUUUGUUGAAUUUGGAGCGGGAAGAGGUAAGUCUGCCACAAGUAUAGUUGUGUAAAAAUGAUAUUUUUCAUAAAUUAAACCUUUCCUGUUCAAGCACUUGUUCACAUGUCAACCAUCCUCUGAUGAUAGAUAUUAUAAUUACACAUGUAGGUAUGUUAUCUCAUUGGAUACAGAAAUCUAUGCAAGAUGAGACCAACGUGGAUUUUCUCCUUGUGGACAGAGCAAGUACUAGAUACAAAGUAGGUACCAUUACAGUAUACAUUACACAGCAACAGACCUCACCGAAUGCCUAUGUUUGACCAUCGUCUGGUACACAUUAUAAAGUUAAUGCUUACUAUAUAGUUACAUUACAGUUGUUCCUCCCUAAUGCAGACCUCAAAAAUACAGAGUUAUGUGUCUGUAACAGGCCCAGAGUGGUGUCCGUAUGUGGAGGUCCCAUUGUGUAAAUGGAAAACUCUCUUGGUUUAGGCAGAUUCCUACCAUCGAGGAGCUGAUCAAGGACCAAGUUUUCAUCGGGUUCAGAUUGAUAUUGAACAUUUAAAUUUAGGUACAGUAAGUGAAUGUAAUCUUUUUCAUGUGGGUAUAUAUGUGCCUUAAUCAUGUGGCACACCGCUUUUGGGAAUCAUCUGGAUGUUGAAAAGAUUAGAUGAAGAGGUGUAUUUCGUCUACAAGAAGGUUAAACCUUAUGUUUAUAUCUCUUGUUAGAUAAGGUGCCGCUUAUAUCGAACAGUCAACAACAAAUAACUGGAGUGAGCAAACAUUUAUGUGGGGCCGCUACAGGUGAGUACAACAAUCUAUGAAUUGAAACCUCACGAAGGUGAACCUGAACUAAGCAAAUAAAGGAACAAGUUUAAUCAACUACAGUAAAUUGACUCAACACCAAGUUGGAUUUUGAGGGUUUAUACAAGCUAUAAUUUCAAGGCUUUGUAGUAUUCGUGAAGUUGCUAGGUUCCUACAAUGGUUAUAAUGUGUGCUAUCUUUAUAGAUCUCGCGUUAAGAUGUCUACUUAAUUCAUUCGACUUCAGAGAAUGUUUUGACGCAGAGGAAACAAGGUACAGUACAGUGUACUCUCUUAAUAUAAAAUAUUGAAAUAUCAAGUUAUACAGAAAUAUCAAGUCAAAAAGUUUGGAACAAGCUGUAAACAACUUGUAACAAGCUUGAUGGCAUUAUCAGCCUUGUUACAAGACUGUGCUAACAAGUGUGUUACAGCCAUGAUGUAACAAGGAUGUUACAAGGUUGUCAACACAAGGUUGUAACAAUCUUGUUAUAACAAGCAUGUCACAUUAAACAGCUUGUUUGCAGACUUGUUACAACUUGUGCGUUUUUACACAUGCGUAAAAACGUACAAGUUGUAACAAGUCUGCAAACAAGCUGUGACAAGUCUGUUCACAAGCUGUCAACAAGUUGUGUUCGCAUUGCUUGUUCCCAGUUUGUUGUAACAAGUUUGAAACAAACUGUUAACAACUUGUAACAAGCUUGAUGGCAUUAUCAGCCUUGUUACAAGACUGUGCUAACAAGUGUGUUACAGCCAUGAUGUAACAAGGAUGUUACAAGGUUGUCAACACAAGGUUGUAACAAUCUUGUUAUAACAAGCAUGUCACGGACUUGUCAGAACAACCUUGCAACAAGUCUGAUAAUGUCGACAAGGUUGUUACAAGUUAUCAACAAGUUGUUCCAAACCUGUUGACAACUUGUGACAAGCAGUGCGAAUACAUCUUGUUGACGGCUUGUUGGCAGACUUGUUACAAGAUGUGUGUACAAGAAAAAAAACACGAUGUAGUCAUGCAUUGCAUAGAAAUUAGUUCAAACCGGAAUUGCUCUUCACAUUGUAAGUAACCCAUGCGUUUUUUUCUAAAUGUUUCACGCGCCCUAUUUUUUAGAUCAACUAAAAGAGUCAAACUGGACCACACUCGUGUUAGAGGUCUCCUGUUCGCCUUGUGUUGCCACCACUGUUGUUCUUGGGGCAGCUAUGUCGGUAGAGAAUUUCUGGAAAACCUCGGCUUUUCACCGUAUUAUUUCCACAUAUUGUGCUGCUUGAGUAGUUGGGCUACCUGCGGUAGUCGUAAAGAUUCAGCACCAGGAAAACUUGAAGCAGAUGUCUCGUCUGAAAUAUCUGCUGGCUCUUCUAGCCAACACCGGGCAAGUGAAACAGCGAGUGAGGAAGACUGGGGAACGAAUGAAGAGCACGAAGAAAAUACCGAUUGUUCAUCGGACAUAAAAGAUGGUCAAGAACAUAGCACUGUAGUUGACGAAGGAAGCUGUAUAAA